AUGAACGAGACUGAAUUUCUGGACUAUGAGAACAUGUCCCUGCCAUCUGAUUCUUAUCCUUAUGACGACACGCUUGUACCUAACUGGUGCCAAAUGGACGACCUCUACAGCUUUAGCACUAUGUUCACCAGCAUCCUGUACUCUCUGAUUUUUCUUCUCAGUCUGCUAGGAAAUAGCCUUGUCUUGUGGAUCCUAGUGAAAUACGAAAACCUCACGUCCUUAACAAAUCUCUUCAUUGUUAAUCUUUGCAUCACUGACUUGGCUUUCUCUUGCACGCUGCCCUUCUGGAUUGCCUACUAUUACUAUGGAUGGAUUCUUGGUGAUUUUCUCUGCAAGGUUGUCAGUGCCACCUUCUCUGUCAGCUACUACGGCGGUGUUAUCUUCCUCACCAUAAUGACAAUCUUCCGAUACCUGUCCGUGGUAGACCCCUUAUCGACUUUGAGAUCGCAAACAAAAAAACGCAGCGUUCUGGUGAGCUUGGCCAUUUGGUCCAUCAGUGUGUUGGUCACGGUCCCUGAAAUCAUUUUUACACAGGUAGUGACUAACAAAGGCAAACUGCAGUGUGAGUACAUAAAUACCACUUGGAAGUUUGUAGAGCUGUGUCAGCAAUUUGUUUUUUUUCUGUGUUCAUUUUCUACUAUUGCCAUUUGUUACAUCCGGAUGAUUAAGAUCCUGCUAGGAUCAAGGUCUCAAAAGAGGUACAGGACUGUGAGACUCAUAUUUGCCAUAGUGCUUGUCUUUUUCCUGAGCUGGGCACCUUACAAUGUGCUUGGCUUCCUGGAUUUUUUGUCAUACAUGCUUAUCAUAAAACUUAGCUGUGACUCCACCAAGCAAGUUGUCUUCGCUUUUGACAUCAGCCGCAAAAUUGCCUUCUGCCACUGUUGUCUCAACCCAGUGCUCUAUGUCUUUGUGGGGGUGAAGUUCAGAAGGCACCUGAAACUCUUGUGCAAGAAGUACUGUUCUUACCACAGCAGGAUCGAACCCUCCAGCCCAAGGGCUCAUUCUUUUCACACAGGUCCAUACGAGGAUGGAUCCAUGUACUGAAGGUAAUGCUGCUGAAUGGAUUAAGCCAUCUGAAUUGCACCAGUGACCUUCAAAAACUCUUU